CUCUCUCUCCUCUUUCUCUCUCCACAUCCCUCACCGUUUCAUUUAUACCCCCUCUCUCUCUCUCUCUCUCUCUACAACACAACUAAUUUACUUGGACAAAGAAGAAGAGCCCCUCACUCCUCGUCGCCUCUUCUCUCUCUCUCUCUCUCUCUCUGGGGAUUCUCUCUGGGGAUUAUCUCUCGGAAGAGCUACAACAAUGGCGGGGAACGAUUGGGUGAAUAGCUACUUGGAGGCGAUCCUCGACGUGGGGAAGGGGAUCGACGCCGACAAGUCCUCGCUCCUCCUCAGGGAGCGCGGAAGGUUCAGCCCCGCGCGCUACUUCGUCGAGGAGGUCAUCACCGGCUUCGACGAGACCGAUCUCUACAAGACCUGGGUUCGCGCCGCGGCGAUGCGGAGUCCGCAGGAGCGGAACACGAGGCUCGAGAACAUGUGUUGGAGGAUUUGGAACUUGACGAGGAAGAAGAAGCAGAUUGAAGGAGAGGAAGCCUUGCGUCUGUCUAAACGCCGUCUUGAGCGUGAGAAAGGUCGCCGAGAGGCAACUGCAGAUAUGUCUGAAGACCUCUCUGAGGGAGAGAAAGGAGAUGCUGUGGGCGAUCUUUCUGCUCAUGGUGACAGCACAAGAGGGCGAGUGCCCAGGAUUAACUCAGUCGAUGCUUUUGAUGCUUUGGCUAGCCAGCACAAGGAUAAAAAGAUGUAUAUAGUAUUGAUAAGCAUUCAUGGUCUGAUACGUGGUGAGAACAUGGAGCUUGGUCGGGAUUCUGAUACUGGUGGCCAGGUCAAGUAUGUUGUAGAACUUGCUAGAGCUUUAGGCUCAACUCCUGGGGUUUACCGUGUCGAUUUGCUUACGAGGCAAAUCGCCGCGCCAGAUGUUGAUUGGAGCUACGGCGAGCCAACCGAGAUGUUGGCUCCAAGAAACUCCGAAAAUUGCAUGCAUGAUGAGAUGGGAGAGAGUGGCGGCGCUUAUAUAAUUCGCAUACCAUUUGGACCCAGAGAUAAAUACAUCCCGAAAGAACGUCUCUGGCCAUACAUUCAAGAAUUCGUUGACGGCGCUCUUGGCCACAUAAUGCAAAUAUCCAAAGCUCUUGGCGAACAAAUUGGUGGUGGGGAGCCUAUUUGGCCUGUUGUAAUUCAUGGGCAUUACGCCGAUGCAGGGGACUCUGCUGCGCUUCUAUCUGGGGCACUCAACGUGCCAAUGGUAUUCACAGGACAUUCUCUUGGGAGGGAUAAGUUAGAACAGCUUCUGAAACAAGGGCGGCAAACAAGGGAAGAAAUAAAUUCAAUGUAUAAAAUAAUGCGUAGAAUUGAAGGAGAAGAACUGUGUUUAGAUGCAUCAGAGAUUAUUAUUACAAGCACUAGACAGGAGGUAGAGGAGCAGUGGAAUUUAUAUGAUGGUUUCGACGUGAUACUUGCUAAGAAAUUAAGAGCUCGGAUCAAGCGGGGUGUGAGUUGCUUUGGCCGCUAUAUGCCUCGUACAGCUGUAAUUCCUCCUGGUAUGGAGUUCAGUCACAUUGUUGUUCACGAUGUUGAUUCGGAUGGCGAUGUAGAAGGAGCUGAAGAUGUUUCAGCUUCAGAUCCACCUAUUUGGUCCGAGAUAAUGAGGUUCUUUACAAAUCCUCGUAAACCCAUGAUACUUGCUCUUGCCCGCCCAGAUCCCAAGAAGAAUCUCACAACACUUGUUAGGGCAUUUGGUGAAUGCCGCCCCUUACAGCAUCUUGCAAAUCUUACACUGAUAAUGGGCAAUCGUGAUAAUAUUGAUGAGAUGUCCAGUACAAAUUCAGCCGUUUUGACCACAAUACUUAAGUUGAUUGAUAAGUAUGACCUGUAUGGUCAAGUGGCAUACCCCAAACACCACAAACAGUCUGACGUUCCGGAUAUCUAUCGCUUGGCAGCAAGAACGAAGGGUGUUUUUAUAAAUCCGGCUUUCAUCGAGCCAUUUGGCCUCACUUUGAUUGAGGCUGCAGCACACGGUCUCCCUAUUGUGGCCACAAAGAAUGGAGGCCCUGUUGACAUACAUCGGGUACUCGACAACGGUAUCCUAGUUGAUCCUCACGAUCAGAAUGCAAUCGCUGAUGCACUUUAUAAGCUUGUUUCAGACAAGCAGCUUUGGGCAAGAUGUCGUCAGAAUGGAUUGAAAAAUAUUCACCUAUUCUCUUGGACCGAGCACUGCAAGACCUACUUGUCAAAAAUAGCUGUUCUGAGGCCAAGGCAUCCUCAAUGGAAGAAGAGUGAAGAUAAUGCAGAGAAUUCAGAAUCAGAUUCACCAGGUAACUCAUUGAGAGACAUUCAAGACAUCUCUCUCAACUUAAGGCUUUCUUUAGAUGGUGAAAAGGCUGAAGAUAGUGGAACCAUUGAGAAUACAUUAGAUUCUGAGGACAACCGUGCUAAUGAACUCAUAAUGAAACUCAAAAAGGGUGUCGUGAGAGCCACAAGAAAGGAUGGGUCCAGUGAGAAAGCUGAUCAGAGCGGUUCUAAUAAGCUACCAAUGUUGAGGAGGAGGCAACAUAUCUUUGUUAUUGCUGUGGACUCUGUUAGUAAUGAAGACCUGAUUGAGAUUAUUAAAAGUGCCUUUGAGACCACACGUGCUGAAAGGUCGUCUGGUUCUGUUGGCUUCGUAUUGUCAACUUGCCUGACGAUAUCAGAGAUACACUCUUUGCUGAUCUCCAGAGGAUUGCUUCCUACUGAUUUCGAUGCUUUUGUCUGCAAUAGCGGCAGCGACUUGUAUUACCCAUCUUCGAACUCUGAGGAUAUGGUUAGCCCAUCUGAGCUUCCAUUUACAAUUGAUUUAGAUUAUCACUCACAAAUCGAGUACCGGUGGGGAGGAGAAGGCUUAAGAAGGACUUUAGUUCGUUGGGCUGCUUCACUUGUAGAAAACAAGGGAGAAAAUGAAGAAAAAGUUGUUGUCGAAGACGAGGAGCGCUCUUCGACUUUCUGCCUUGCUUUUAAAGUGAUCAACACGCAACGUGUACCUCAUGUGAAGGAACUGCGGAAGUUGAUGAGAAUUCAAGCACUCCGCUGCCAUGUCUUAUAUAGCCAUGAUGGUACCAAGCUUCAUUUCAUUCCUGUUCUGGCUUCGCGAUCCCAGGCGCUAAGGUACUUGUAUAUUAGGUGGGGCUUGGAGCUAUCAAAUAUGGUGGUGUUUGUCGGUGAAAGUGGUGAUACGGAUUAUGAAGGAUUACUUGGAGGUGUGCGCAAAACCAUUAUACUAAAGGGCUCAUUCAAUAAUGCCCCGAGCCAUCUGCAUGCUGCGAGGGCCUAUCCUUUAGAAGAUGUUGUAGCAUUCGACAACUCCAACAUUGUUCAGACUGAGGGAUUCAGCUCGAACGACAUCAAGUCCGCUCUGCAAAAGUUUUGCAUACUGAAGGACUAACAUCAAAUGCCUUCUCGCCGUAUUUCUGCAGAAGCACUUUCUUCUUGUCUUUUACUGUGAGGAACGAUGUUUCCUUCCUCGCUUUCACGUAUGGAUAAUAAAGAAUAAAUGUCUCAGAGAUGAUCGAAGGAGUCCUUUUUUUUUCAAAACGGCUAUGGUCUCCAUCUAAUGCAAACUUUGGAAGCAGCGACGGCUCCGGUUAGAGCUUUACUUCCACAAAUCCUGUACAAAGCGAUCUUAUACGAAUCAAACAUCACAGUAUGCAAUAAAUCAUGCAUGUGCUAAUAAAUCAGCUAUACUGGAAACCAUACAAUACGCUUUUUGUAAUCAGUUUUACAUUAAGAAGGCAGUUUGGUCUAUAUCCUCGCUUGCACUCGUCUUUCGCCCUAAUAUGUAAUGGCUUCUUUUUUUUAUUUUUUAUUUUUUUCUACUGGAGUUUUACUUCUAUGCUAUUAUAUGUUGUUUGAGAUUGACACUGGGCCGUUCUCUUACUGGAGUUUUAAGAAGCUGUUCCUCUUUGAUGGUGAA